CCUUGUAGCAAACCUGUUUAUUAUUCAAAUCACGGUCUAUGCAGGAAGCAGGAUAAAUGACAGUAAUAGUACAACCAUUUCAACUGCAAAACAAUGGCGAGUUCAAAUAAAUCUAGCUUACAGACCAAAAACCACGACAUGUUAGAAACGGCCGAAGAUCUACUCGAAUGUUUUGAAACCACGGCUGAUCUGUUGGAUGAAAUUGAAGAAAAAUAUAUUGUGAAUAACGAGGAUAUAAAAGACAAGAGUUAUACAUUACAUCAAUUUAGAGAGGGCUUGGAUAACGCCCGAACAUUGUUUACCACAUUAAAACGAGAAAAAUGGCGAUUAAAUAAAAGAGAAUUAAGUGUAGAAUUAAGAAUGGGAGAAUUAGAGGACUACAAGUCACAUCUCAAAAAAGACAUGUCAAGUUUGAAUGAAACAGUCGAUAUUUUGAGUGUAAGAAUUAUUCAGUUAGAAAAUUCUCUGGUAGAAAGUCAAGAUACGAUUGAGAAACUGGAAGCUGAUGUCCACCAUUAUAAAGAUUUGUUAGAAAACACUCAACAUGAAGUAAAAAAUUUGAAUAAAACCAACGAUGGUUUGAGAGCAGAUUUGAAAGCGGUGAAAACUGUGCAGGACCUCGAUCUACUGGAGAAAAAAUUUACUUCAUUGGAAAUGGCGAACACUAUUCUGUUGGAUGAAAACAAAAGUCUUAAAAACAUUAUUAGAUCUCUGGAGGACAGUAAUGCCAAAAACUUAAAAGAUGGUGGUCACAAAGCUAACGGCCAUGUCGUUCAAGAAAUUGACAUUACCUCCGAAAUCCCGAAAGAGAAAAAUACUGACAAAGCGCGACCUGCCGGAGAGAAUGGUGCUGUCCCGAAAACGAAGGAGGAUCACUCGGAAUAGAAAGAAUAUUGAAAAUUAGGUUUGAAUCUGAAUGUUUAAGGCUACCCGUGUAUAAAGUUUCAUGUUUUUGUAAAGGGCUUAGGAUUAUCAUUUUCCCCGGAAAGUUAACCACAGUUGUAAUAUAGACUUUCGCCUCUUGUUCCCAAUCUUUAGGACCCAUCAGGCUACUUGCAUAUAACGCCUCUUUGCACACCUUAACAUAAGCAAAAUAUUCACACCCUGUACUAAAUAGUACAACUAACUGCUUCACAAUGCUAGGCCACGCUUAAUAAUUUUUUACAAAGCAGGCUUUUAGGCAGUGGCGGCGAUAGCCUCCCGAGUCUGGGGGUACAAUUAGGGGUGGGGGUCAGACUGACUCAAGGGUGGGGCAGCUUUCGAAAAAUUGAAUUGAUUUGGUGAAUUGAAUUCUGAUACAUCUUCUUUGGGCAAAAAGUAUAAAAAUCCUUUUUUUUUUUAAUUUAUUGAAAAUAAAGUGAGGAUACAAUUUUACUGUUAAAAUAGCCAUUAAAGUUAGGCACAUAGCCUACAGCUAGUAUUUUUGCUCAAGCCAUUAUGUACAUAAAUUGUAAAUUUGUAAUAAAAGUUAUCGUUAUAGAAU